AUGGGGGAUCGACCGCAGCCAGGGCAGGAUGUGAAUGGGACAACCGCGCAGGGCAAUGGGCCAUCACAGGCAUCGACGAUUGCAUCCCCACCCGGAUCCAAAACCCCGCCGAGCAUGCCGACUAAAAGAACCAUGAUUUUCCAUGAUAACUCGGGCAAUCGCCAAAGACCGCAGGGUGAUUCAGAGCCAGUCGAUGCCUCAGCCCUCGGUAAAGCGCUGAAGAGUUAUGAGGAGGCAGGGCAACGCCGAGACAGGACUCCAGGGACGAGUCCAUGUCGCAAGAGACAGCGGGUGUAUGGGGACCGAUUCAUACCAAACCGCGACGGGCAAGAUCUCCAAGCCACUUUCAGUUUGCUGCAUGAGGAUGGCUGCCCCUCGACCCCGUCGAAGAGCAAGCGGCGCGCCCCGCACUCCGAGUUACAAUUUCAAAAGAAAGAGGAGGCCAAUCGAACAUUCUCUCGCGUUUUGCGUAGUGAACUGUUUGGCAACACUAUUCCCCAACCUGAUCUUACUGCGACUUCAUCGAGCUUGACCAACGGGAUCAAUGACAAAACUCGAUCCCAUACACCCCACUCUCACACAAUGAUCGACCUUCCCCCCGCGAGCAUCACCCCCUCGACUCCCCACAGGAACCUAUUCAACUAUGGUCCCACCCGCCCUGGUUCUGCCCACCCCACUCCCUCCAAGACCCCCGGAGCGCACAUGCUCUACAGUCUUUCCCCAAUUCGCUACGAUAGCCAGCGGAUUCUGGAGACCCCGCGCAAACAGCCUCGUUAUGUGAACAAGGUGCCAUACAAGGUCUUGGAUGCUCCUGAUCUGCAGGAUGACUUCUAUCUGAACCUUGUGGAUUGGGGCAGUAGUCAUGUUCUUGGAGUCGGGCUCGCCAACUCGGUGUACAUGUGGAAUUCCAACACUGGCCGGGUCACCAAACUGUGUGAGCUCAAGGAUGAUACUGUCACCAGUGUGAGCUGGAUCCAGAGGGGAACACAUCUUUCAAUUGGCACGGGUAGAGGUAUGGUUCAGAUUUGGGAUGCAGAGCAUUGUCGUCGACUUCGGACCAUGACUGGUCACACCAACCGAGUUGGCGCUUUGGCGUGGAAUGACCACAUUCUUACCUCAGGGUCCCGAGACCGACUUAUCUACCAUCGUGAUGUCCGGUCUCCCGACCAGUGGCUGCGUCAGCUUUCCGGCCAUAAACAGGAAGUUUGCGGUCUCAAAUGGAACACGAACGAUGGCCAGCUUGCAUCCGGCGGUAACGACAACAAAUUGAUGGUGUGGGACAAGUUGAAUGAGGCUCCCCUCUACCGCUUCUCCGAUCACAGCGCUGCGGUCAAGGCAAUCGCCUGGUCCCCUCACCAAAGCCAUCUCCUUGCUUCGGGUGGAGGCACGGCAGAUCGUACCAUCAAGUUCUGGAAUACCUCUACGGGUGCGCUGAUCAAGGAUGUCGACACCGGUAGCCAGGUCUGCAAUCUGUCAUGGUCUAAGAAUUCCAACGAGAUCAUCAGCACACACGGAUACAGUCAAAACCAGAUCGUCAUCUGGAAGUACCCACGCAUGGAGCAAAUCGUGUCCCUGACCGGCCAUACGUUCCGUGUGUUGUACUUGGCCAUGAGUCCAGACGGCCAGACCGUUGUAACGGGGGCUGGCGAUGAGACGCUCCGGUUCUGGAAAAUCUUUGACAAAAACGCUUCCAGAGACACUCGUCGCGAGGGCAGCCAAUUGGUCGAAUGGGGCACCAUUCGCUAA